AGUGAGAGUCGAGGACGACCUUAAGAAGUAGUCCUCUCUUGCUGCAACAUUAUUUAUUACCGAUGUAAUUAAUGUUGUUCCUCUUCCCGUACACCGUCGAGAACUGCUUUUGCUUCAUUUAUUGAUUUAUUUUCUUGUUGUUUCCAAGAACUAGAAUAUCCAUAUCGCAUAUUGAUCAACAUGUUGCACAUCACAAGAAUCGCCGCGGUUUUGCACGGCCUCAGGCUUUCAUUUGUGGCUGGGGUGAACUACGGCCAACGCAAUGAGCAUUUCCUGCAGCAGGAACAAACUCAAGUACACGUGCAGCAUGAAUUUCUUGCUGUCGGCAGGGCCUCGCCAACUGGUUCUACUUGCCCGACCGGGUGGCCGAAAGUGUACGUGUACGAUCUUCCGGACCAGGAAGUGCUGAUAUGAGAGUGCACAAACGGUCGUCUCGCGUUGAUGUGAUGUUCCAUGCAGAAAUAAGAUGUUUCACUUCGUCCAUCACGCAUGAUAUAUACCAAAAUCCCUCUGUGUGCCCCCGACAUCACAUUUAUUUCAGGAUGACGGGAUCCGCCCAGGUAACGCCAGAAUAGAUGUGCGCGAAUUUGUCAUGCAGAAACGAGCUGCGUGCCGAGCGGGAGCCCCAGCCUGACGCUAUAGUUAGUGCGCCAGUGGUGGGUCAUGCCCUUGCAAUGAGCAAUGAGGGGAUUCAUUGUGCACUCUCAUAGCCACCCAAUGGGCGUGAAAUUGUUUGGCGGGAGGAUGCGUACUGCGAAAGAGCCCACCCGUCUGGCUCAGCCGAGGAACGCGAUUGCGUUUUUGGUCCGGAAUUCUCGGUUACGAUCGACUCGCCGCCAACCAACCUGACGCUUCGCAGCACUGUAUCAACCUGAAAAGUGUGCCUGACUCAGGAGCGAGCGCGAAAGAAUGUUUGCCAUGGAUUUAUCACGACUGCCACACAGAAAUAAAAGAUGGCUCUAGAAGAUUCUAUCGGAUUUUGCCUUGUCAACUUGGUUUCGUUCGGGUGAAGUGCCAAGCCCGGCGCAGAAGUAUCUUCUCUUGAGCCAUGCAACGAAGGCUUUGCUCUCGCAGUUCCGAGGUACUAGGAGCACUUUUUAUUUUGAUACACUGAUCAGUUUCGAAAUGGUCGCAUCUUCCAGUCACGCCUGACCCGCACGGCCUGCCGAGUGGCGAAUGCCACACUCGUAUCACAGAGAAGAAAGCUAGUAUAGCAGAGUGUUCGCAAAAUCAAAAACAAUGCAAGAGUAAUUUAUGCAUGAAGAUGACCACUGCUGCACGACGGCUCGUAUUGUUCAGAACAGCACUUGGUCUGCACUUGCCGACGACACGAGAUUACAUUUUUUGCGUUGCACUUGCUCCUGCUUAAUUCUGUGUGAUAACUUGCCGAUGUGUUUUUCGUGCCUAUUUGGCGUGAAAACAUCAAUCCGGACCCGGCCAAGUGCCCAACGGCAGAGGAAGUUUUAACUGCUCUUCCCUACCUAUCGGAUGCAACUGCGAGCAAGCACUUUCUGAUGUCUCCGCGUGUCGGUGGAUUGUCCGACGAUGUCUGCGAUUUUUGGAAAAGCGACGAGCCGUUAAUCCAAAAAAUCAGAAAGCUGGCCCUGGAAGACGAAUUUUGCUGCAAGAGGGAGGCGUGUAUGGUGGACUUUUCGCGACCGGAGCGUGCGAUUCCGUAUCCGACCCUUGGCGGCGGUUUGACCAGUACGCAACUCGACCACCUGUUCGCCACCGUCGAUGCAACGCAGCAAACCGACCGCACGGAUUUGGUCAUGGCCGCUCUCGGGAAACGGGACUGCUGCAAUGCCGCUUCGGGCGUCCGCGAUCUCUGGAGUGCACAUUGCGUAUCCCUCGCAAAAGAAAUGAUUAUUCGUUCUUUGCACGCAAUCACGAAAAUUUGAAUUUCAAUAUGUAGUACUUGCACAUCGUAGUUUUCAACUUGGUUCCGAGUCCAACUGUUCAUGUAGACUGAGACACGAAUAUGAUUAUGAACUGGAACUGGAAGAUCGGUUUGGUGAUACCAAAUUUGAUGUAGCUGUGUGAGUGCUGAAGAUGUGACCACGCGCGUCGACACCAGAAAAUUAUUAUCUUUUGCAUUGGAUAGCGCAGCGACAGCGACCAUUGCGUUUUGGUGGACCCCACGGUGAAGGGCAUGCUCCCUGGGUUGGUCAAAGUCAUGAUGCGUUCCACGUUUUGCUUGCAGCCGGAGGGAGACACUCCGUCUCGCAAAGGGUUGCUGGACAGCCUUGCGCUGGGAUGUAUUCCGGUCCUUUCGUCCGAGAAGCAGCAGAAGCUGUGGCGAUGGCAUCUGGGAGACUGGAAAGAUUUUUCUGUUCUGGCGCCAGGUUCUACCACGGGGCAAUCCUCCUGCUGUGGCGGUGGCGACAGCGUGGUCGAGUUUCUGCACGGGGUAAACGCGACCACGAUCGCAAAACUGCAGGCAGGCGGUCGGGUUGCCCGGACGAAAAUCAUCACGCAUUGGACCGACACCGACUCGAACGAUGCAAUUACGGUCACGCUGAAAGCCAUACAGGAUGGAAAAUGAGAGAGCUGUUGCACGACACCGACGGCUUACUGAUGAUUUAUCUCACAAGUAAUAGAACAACUACAGCGGCACCGCGCGACGACUACACUGAAGCGGACCACGCUGAAGCGUUAGUUCCUCUAGGAGUUGAGACUUAAUACGAAAGUUCUACUCGAAGUGCGUGCUGUCCUUUAUUUCUAAGCAUUUAUGAUUUAUUAGCAUUCAAAAAAAACAAAAAGUAAGAGGUAUAAUCCAAGUUAUUUUGUUAACAUGUUCUCGGCAUGAUCAACAUGAUUGAACUACAGAUUCAGGUACGUAAAAAAGUACAUGGGGCUAUGAACACGCUGACGCGUGAAGGACGAAGCACUAACAUCACAGGUUUUUUUAGCAUGCUCAUAUUGAUCAGUACUAACAAGUAGAAGUACAUAGCCUCAGGUUGUACUUGCGUGAAUCUAUUGGUGAUUUUCGUGGUCGACAGCUCGAGACCAAUUUCUGAUUCGUAACAUGAGCCAUCAUGUAGCAUUCGCGAGAGGAGGAUUCUGGUUUUUUAACCUGUAACUACAAAAGGUGAUUAAAAAAGAGCGGCGACGAGGUAGACUUUCUUUCACGCACAAAAAGAGCGUCGACAUGACGACUCAAGUACCUAGAUGCUAUAUGCGGCGUUCUGAAUCUGAUGGAAAGCGAAAGAGAAUAGAGAAGGGAAAGGGUGCCCCUGCUUCGCCGC